CGACGAUUAUUAAAUGUACACAUGAUUUACAUGUCAUUUUUCAAUUCGAAUAAUUUAUGUAUUCCAUGUAUACGUGAAAAUUACAAGUCAUGAUUAAUUCUUUUUAUUGACUUGUUUAUAAUCCACAUUUGCAGUUGAGUCAAUUUCUGAUCAUGUCCUCCUUAAACCGGAGCAUAGCAGAAGCACGCAACAUACUUCAUCAGCUGUUGCAGAUGGAUGUUUCGGUCCUAUCUUCUUCUGGUAGGGCCAUAGAGAUACUCGAUCUAGUCUAUGAGUGUAGAGUGGAAUAUAUCGAUGAUGACUCAGAGGAAAGAUUAUGCCAUCUCAAAGAAAUUCUAGGGCUGAUAGAGAUAUAUAACCACGGGAAACGAGAUAUGGAAGAUGCGACUCUGUCACUUGCACAUCUGAAUGGAGUCCCGAGAGACCAGAUUUCUCCUAUUGUGACUGGCAUGUUGGCUGUAAAUAUGUCGAGUGCUUCACACGAAAUGACAUAUGCUUCUGAAGCAUACGAUAGCUUACGCAGGGAGUACUUCGGAUAGUUUACCUCAAAGUUGUUUCGUAUUACAACGAAAUAUGUGUAUUUAAUAUAGAAUGACAAUGUAUAAUGGAAUUUUCAAUGGUUAUAAAUUAAAGUUUACAGUUUUAUUAUAUUCUGCUUGCAUUAUAGUGUAAUGGUCUAAUCAUAUUUUAAUCAUCUCUCUAAGCAUAAGCACAAAUGCAUUGUACCAUCAACACUACUUGUAUAAUGUUUUAGUAUAUUCCACUUGUAUUGACAUUAUUUAAAUUUAUAAGUUCGUAGCUCGCACAUAUUCAGUGAUGGCACCAGGUGGGAGAGUACGUCGUUCACGCACUAGAUCUACCCCUUCUACCCGUGAUGCGACGAAGCCAACAUCGCCAUCACAUGUUGCAUCGCAGGCGUCUGAUCCCUCAGUCGCGCAUACACCGGGCACUGCAUCGUCGUCGACCAGCCGACGAGGACGUGGACCCACGCGUGGGUUGCUUUUAGAGCGACUUACGCGUGAGGGUAGGGUGAUGGUAGAGUUCCCACAAGACUGCAUUAGACCUGUUGGGAAUAAUGUCAUGUUGUUUACGUUGGAGGUCGGUGUCUUAUGUCAAUCUCUGAUCCCCCCACCACCGCCCGUUGGGGAGACGUGA